UGCUUGCUCUCCUGACCUGUUUUUCUACAUUUCUUGCAGAUGCAGAAAAUCACAAUUAUAACAACAAUCAUCAGAGAUCCAGCAGAGAUCAACACUAUGAACAAUAAAGGUGUGUCUGGUGUUGAUACAGAUGAAGUGUCAGUGCCAGUGAUGGAGGGAGAUUCAGUCACUCUACACACUGGUGUUCAAACAAACCAACAAGAAAAGAUUAGAUGGUAUUAUAAUGACAUUCGCAUCGCUCAAAUCAAUGGAGACCAGAGUAAGAUCUGUACAGAUGUUCAGUGUAAUGAAGAUACUGAGAGAUUCAGAGACAGACUGAAGCUGGAUCAUCAGACUGGAUCUCUGACCAUCAUGAACAUCACAAACACAGAUGCUGGAGUUUAUAAACUAAAGAUUAUCAGCAGCAACAGCGACAGAGAGAAGAUCUUCAACGUUUCUGUUCAUGGUGUUUCUGCUGCUGAACAAGAAUAUGAAAUUAAAAGAAAGACUGUGAAGGAAAGCGAAUCUGUCACUUUAUACACUGGUGUAAAAAGAAAUCUGAAUGAUUCAGUAAUGUGGUAUUUUAAUGAGAUUCUCAUCGCUGAAAUCACUGGAGAUCAGAGUCAGAUCUGUGCAGAUGAUCAGUGUAAAGAGAGAUUCAGAGACAGACUGAAGCUGGAUCAUCAGACUGGAUCUCUGAACAUCACACACACCACAAACACACACUCUGGAGAAUAUAAACUACAGAUCAACAACAGCAGAUUCAGCAUCACUAAGAUCUUCAGUGUUUCUGUCACUGGUGCGUCUGAUGUUGAUCCAGAGAGAGCGUCAGUGUCAGUGAUGGAGGGAGAUUCAGUCACUCUAUACACUGGUGUUCAAACAAACCAACAAGACAAAAUUAGAUGGUAUUAUAAAGACACUCGCAUCGCUCGAAUCAAUGGAGAUCUUAGUAAGAUCUGUACAGAUGUUCAGUGUAAUGAAGGCACUGAGAAAUUCAGAGACAGACUGAAGCUGGAUCAUCAGACUGGAUCUCUGACCAUCAUGGACAUCACAAACACAGAUGCUGGAGAAUAUACACUGAAGAUCAGCAGUGGCAAAAACGAGAGUGACGAGAUCUUCAGUGUGACUGUCCGUGGUGUUUCUGGACGAGAUGAAGCGAAGAGAAAGACAGCGAAGGAGGGAGAAUCUGUUACUUUACAUCCUGGUGUAAUAAGAAAACCAAGUGGUGUGAUGACAUGGUAUUUUAAUGAGAUUCUCAUCGCUGAAAUCACUGGAGAUCAGAGUCAGAUCUGUACAGAUGAUCAGUGUAAUGAGAGAUUCAGAGAUAGACUGAAGCUGGAUCAUCAGACUGGAUCUCUGAACAUCACACACACCACAAACACACACUCUGGAGAAUAUAAACUACAGAUCAACAGCCGCAGAUUCAGCAUCACUAAGAUCUUCAGUGUUUCUGUCACUGAUUCAGGAUUAUCUUCAGCUGCUUUAGGAGCAAUAUGUGCUGCUGUUGGUGUUGCUGUUAUUCUGCUUGCGGCUGCUGGGAUUUACUAUCGCCACAGAUCAAAACAAUCAGGAAACAGUACACAGCGAGAUGAUCAUGAUCAGGAGAAUGCUGUCACAGUGCCCCUUAAGGAGAGGAAUGGGACUGCCCCGAUGGCUAAUGCUAAUGGAACAUCUUCUAGUGUGACUCUGACUAAUGGGAUUUCACAGUAACAUUAUUUAUUAUUUUAAUAGUUUCACUGAAAGGGAAUUUGAAAUGAAAAAAGGAAUUGUAAGAAGGUCAGAAUGCAAUUCUCAUUACUCGGGGAGAAAUUGUGUUCAAUACCAGCGACUUGAAGUUUUUCUUGCCAAAACCAAUUUUUAACAAAAUCUAGGGGUGUAAUGGUACAUGUAUUUGUAUUAAACCGUUUCGGUUCGAGGCUUCUGGUUCGGUACGCAUACAAACCGAACAAUUACUUGGACCAUUUUUCCUGAGGACAAAAUUUCGCUGGCGCGGCCACCACACGGCGUUGCGCGACAUCAAAUGACAAGCGUAAUGAAAGCGGAACGAAACUGCGCUACUCAUUAGCUGUGUCCCAAUGUGAAGGCUGCAUCCUCCGAAGUCCGUAUUUGAAGGACGCUUCCCAGACAGCAAACUGACAUUGAAUCAACGUGGAAACGACGUC